AUGUCGGCCUUACGGAUUCUAUCAACGCGAAACCUACUACGAUUAACACCUCAGAGGUCUUAUGGACUCAGGACAACGCUACCUUCGGCAUAUAUCGUUCCCAUUGCGCGACGUGGUUUUCAUCUGUCACUCACAAGAUAUGCCCAACCUCCUGGAAAUGGUAUCGGAGGAGGCGGAGGAUUUCCUGGCUUUAGUCUCGGGCCUCAGCAUCAAAAGGGUGAUGCUCUGAAGGAAUAUAGUGUGGAUCUCACUGAACUAGCCAAGAACGGAAAGCUUGAUCCAACUAUUGGAAGGGAUGAAGAAAUCCGAAGGACGAUACAGAUUUUAUCGCGGCGAACCAAAUCCAAUCCUGUGCUUAUAGGGCCGCCGGGUGUUGGUAAAACUGCUAUUCUCGAAGGUCUUGCUAGCCGUAUCGUUGCGAAAGAAGUUCCAGAAUCGCUUCACAGUAAACGAGUUUUGUCAAUUGACCUCUCCGCAAUCAUGGCUGGUUCUGGGAUUCGGGGUCAGUUCGAGGAAAAAUUCAAAGCUUUGAUAAGGGAUAUUGAGGAGGAGGCGGGGAAUGUGAUUUGUUUUAUAGACGAAGUCCAUACCCUCUUCAACCUUGGAAAAGCCGAAGGCAGCAUCGACGCUGGCCAAAUGAUCAAACCCGCAUUGGCACGUGGUCUCCAGCUCGUAGGUGCAACGACGCCUGACGAAUAUCGAAAGACCAUCGGCAAGGAUGCUGCUCUUGAACGACGAUUCCAACCGGUGCAAAUCUCGGAACCCAGUGUAGAAUCGACCAUUUCAAUAUUACGUGGUCUCAAGCCCAGAUACGAAGUUCACCACGGAGUUGAAAUCUCUGAUUCAGCGCUCGUUACGGCUGCAGUCUAUUCAGCCAGAUAUGUGUCUGACCGGUACUUGCCGGACAAGGCCAUAGAUCUCGUCGAUGAAGCAGCUUCAGCUUUGCGGUUGGCGCAAGAGAGUAAACCCGACGAGCUAGAGACAUUGGAUCGAGAGGUCAUGACAUUACAGAUAGAGCUGGAAAGUUUGAGGAAUGAAACGGACGUGUUCAGUGUUGAGAGACGGCAGAAAGUUGAAGAGACCUUGGAAAAGAAGAGAGCAGAGGCGAAGAGGCUCACUGAACUUUGGCAAUCUGAACGAGCUAGCCUCGAUAGAAUCAAGGAUCUCAAGGAGCGUCUUGAAGAGGCAAAACAUCAACUAGAAGUUGCCCAACGUCAAGGUCAAUACGAACUUGCUUCUCGUCUCCGCUUCUCCAGUAUUCCGGAACUCGAACGCCAACUACCGAAGGAGGAAGAUCGGGAGACAGAAGUAGACAGUCCACUGGCGAUGUUGCAUGACCGUGUCACCUCCAACGACAUCGCACGAGUCGUGGCGAAAGCAACCGGGAUUCCAGUUCAGAACCUACUCAAAGGCGAGAAGGACAAGUUAGUUCAUAUGGAAGAUACCAUAAGACAACGCGUCGUUGGACAAAAUCAUGUAGUUGAAGCUAUCAGUGACGCUGUGCGUAUAUCACGCGCUGGUCUCCAGGCGCCGAAUCGUCCUGUCGCUUCCUUUCUUUUCCUUGGUCCUACGGGCGUCGGAAAGACUGAAUUGUGCAAAGCGUUGGCUGGUUUCCUGUUUAAUGACGAGCAGCGUGGUCUGAUCAACAUCAACAUGUCUGAGUAUCACGAUCGACACACUAUCUCUCGCCUCAUUGGUGCCGCUCCGGGCUAUGUAGGCUUCGAAGAAGGAGGCCAGCUCACGGAGGCCGUGAGGCGCAAGCCGUAUGCCGUCAUCUUACUGGACGAACUUGAGAAAGCCCAUAAGGACGUUGCUAUGAUAUUGUUGCAGAUCCUCGACGAGGGUAGUGUAACGGAUAGUCAAGGACGCAAGGUUGAUUUCAAGAAUACGAUCAUCUGCCUAACAAGUAAUCUCGGUUCAGAUAUUCUCGCUCACCACUCCGCUUCUACCCCCGACGGAAAAGUUACACCACAAGCAAGAGACGAGGUUCUGCAACGCACCACAGAAUACUUCCCUCCUGAAUUGCUGAACCGUCUCGAUUCUAUGGUCGUAUUCAACAAGCUCUCGCGAGAAUCCAUUCUGCAGGUUGUCUCGCUACGUUUGAACGACGUUGCAGAGCGAUUGAAGAGUAAACGAAUCACGCUUGACGUCGAUCACAAGGCAAGGGAGUGGCUGGCAGGUCAAGGCUACUCAGAGGUAUAUGGGGCGCGAGCCAUCGCAAGGGUCGUAAGACAAGAGGUUUUAUUCCCGUUGGCUCAGAAGCUAUUGCGGGGUACGAUCCGUGACGGUGAUGCGGUCGUUAUUCGCGUGUCCGAGGAUAACAAGCUUCACAUACACGAUAACCACGAACCAGAGUCCUCCAUACAAGAAUCACGAACACCCGCAGAAGCAUAG